GCGGCGCGGGCGCACGGCGCGCGUGCGCUGACACUGUCAAACCCGACCUGCGUCUACGCGGUCACACAGGUUGAGAGGGCUUCAAAAACUUCAGAGGGACUCAAAAAGUCCUACCAUUACCAAGAAAAAUUGUCCGUGUAAAAGUCUUCCGAGAAAGUAAGAGAGGGCUGCAAAAAGUACCCCGUCUUCAAAGGUUCCCUGAAUAGGGCAGUGUAAUGAUGGUAUAGUGUGUGUUUGUGAUGUGGUCACCAUGCUGGCUGGUCUACUGUUGCUGCUGAACGGGGUGGCGGCCUACAAUAUCAGCUUCAUCAGCAAUGACCUGUUUGACAUCAAGUAUCCACCUCGUAAAUCGAACAUUCGUCGGCAGCGCGCCUUCUCUCCGGACACUCCAUUCCCCUGCCAGGACUCCGUACCCUGGGGUCGGAGUAAAGAGGUGCCGACUUCCGUCCACCGCCUUAGACCAGGAGACAUAGAUGUAGUGGCCGCGAUUGGGGAUUCCCUGGUGGCUGGUAGUGGCGCACUGGAAGAAUUCGCUUUGGGAGCCAUAGUCGAGCAUAGGGGAGUUUCUUGGUGUGCAGGUGGUGACAGCACAUGGCGAGAGUUCCUAACGUUACCGAACAUCCUGAAGGAAUACAACCCAAAACUUCGUGGCUACUCCACGGGCACGGGGGAGUGGCUGACGAAGAACGCCAGGCUCAACGUGGCCUUCCCGGUGGCCUCCGACCAGGACGCUUAUAAACAGGCCAAGAUCCUCGUCGCUCGCAUGCAGUCUUCCCCCGAUAUCGACGUGUCACGUGACUGGAAGAUGAUCACCGUGUUCCUCGGCGCGAACGACCUGUGCUCGGCCUCCUGCCUCUCGCCCGUGUCGUGGUCGCCCACUGCCCACGCGCGGAAGCUGGCUCGGGCACUGGAUUACUUCCAUACGCAUCUGCCGAGGACUAUCAUCAAUUUGAUUCCGGUUUUAGACGUGUCGGUAUCUGUGCGCGUGCUGCGGCCGGUGAUGUGCCGUCUGAUGCACCCGCUGUUCUGCCGCUGCUUCCACAACGGCGGCAACGAGCUGCUGGAUCUGGUGCGCCAGGCACGACUCUACCAGGCGGCGGAGACGGCGCUGGUGGCGAGCGGUCGGUACGACACGCGCGACGACUUCACAGUGGUGAUCCAGCCGUUUAUGAAGCUGUUCAACGCACCGCUCCCCCCGCGCGCGCCGCUGCCGCUCGUCAUACACCAGUCCUACAUCACACACGACUGCUUCCACUUCUCGCAGAAGGGACACGCGCUGGCUGCAAACCUCCUGUGGAACAACCUGCUGGAGCCAGUGGGCAACAAGUCGGACAACGUGCCUCCAGUACUGAUGCACUCCUUCAAGUGCCCGUCCAAAAGCGCACCCUUCAUAUUCACCAACAAGAACUCUAAGUACUACUUCGAAACUGGCCAGCAAGAUGGUGCUUCAGACACGUGACGAUAGCUUAAAUUAGGAA